GAUCACUACUGCAUACUGGUGUUGGUGGACGACGAGUGCUGCUGUCGUCGAAGCCGAGGAAAUAGUGGUGUGUUCGCUGUUGUAUCGAGUAACAUUCGAGCGCGUUUUCAUUUUAUGGGACUCGAAUAGCGUCGUCGACGAAUCUAAGGCCUCAAGAUGGCCUUUUGGCAGUACACCGUAUCGAAUAUGAACAGCCUACUCGAGAAACAAGAUGUGACACCGCAGGAGAUACUCUCGGAGAGCGACUUACUUCAGGAGCUCCGCAACAACUCACCAAAGCUCAUCGCGUACCUCCUGGAGCCUCGAAUACUAGAACAACUGGUCGACAUGAUCAUCCACGAUCCCGAUCCUCAGAUGGAUUAUAAAAUCCAGUACAAGCUACCGAACACAGCGUGCGAGGUACUGACAUUUGACAUACCCGCCAUCAAAGACGCACUUAUCAAUUCACCCCAACUGCUCACGAAGGUCUGCAACGUAUUUAGACAAGAAGAUGCCCUCAACGACCUUACCGCCUCAUUUGUGUGUAAACUCCUCAUCGCUCUAGCUACGAAACGUACGGAUAAAUUUCUCGAUUUCAUUCAGUCAUACGAUCCUGAUCGCUACCAGAAUAGAAUGGUUGAGGGCGAUGCUGAAAAAGCCGACGACGAGAAGCCUGUGGCAGAAGCACAAGAGCCACAGCAGCAAGAAUCCGAGAGUAGUUCGGCGUUUAUCGACCUGCUGCUGAACCACAUCAACAAUUCAGCAAUCAAAGACCUCAUCAACAAAAUGAUCGAAUGCAGCGAAAACCUCCUCUUGCGGCCCCGGAUCGUCGAAUGGUUGGCAAGUGCGAAUCUCGUUCCGAAACUUGUGGCGAUGCUCAGCGCGGACAAUUCCGAGCAGGUCAUCACGAACUCGGCGAAAUGUCUCUGCAAAAUCGUCAAGGUGGGUCGGGAGCAGCAGAUGACGCUGCGGGACAAAUGCCCCCCCGAUCCACUGUUGGCAUCCGUGGAGCAGGUCGACCUGAUCACCGAGAUCCUCGAUCAUGCGAUCCCGACCGGCCAAGACGAUCUGUCAGCGUGGACCCUCUUCGAGAGCAAUUUCGUGCUGCUGGCCUUGCUGCAGUACAAAAGUACGACGCCGUGCUACCAAGACAUCAUGUUGGACUCUAAAUGUUUCCUCGGGCUGUACUCGCCGCCAGCUGAAACUUCGCCGACCCUAGGAGAACUGGACACCGAGCGAGCGAAGGAGGCGAUCCGGAAAUGUCUCACGGCGAUUUCAAAUCGAUUGGAUGCUCUAAUCGUCAGUCUCACUCAAGAACAGAAGGAGCGGUUCGGCACGGUUCGGCUGGAAAUCGUAAAGCUCAUCGCUGCGAUGGUUUCGUGCGCCGACGAGCCUAGCCUGCUGGCCAUACGGGAUCUCAAGGUACUGCCCAUCGUUCUCGAGCUCUUCUUCAAUUAUCCACUCUGUAGCCAGCUGCACAACCAAGUCGACUCGAUAGUGCAAGCUAUUUGUACUCCGCCCAAGAGUCAACCAGGGGACAGUCCCGGUAACGACGACUCGACAACGUCGGGCGUAGCUGGGAGCGCGGAAGUGGCGCCGCCAGCCAAACACGUAUUAUUUGAUCAAUUGUUUUCCGAAUGCAAUUUGUUAGAAAAAAUUGUCCAGAAUUAUAACACGGUCCCGAAGGACCAGAAAGGUUACAACGGACACUUGAGAUUGAUGGCGAAUUACAUUGAGGCGAUGAGUGAGAAUUCUUAUAAAGAGUAUUAUGAGCAACUGAUGGACGGUCUCAGCCCAGAUUUCAAGCAAAGCUGGUCGAGCUUCAAGGAAACUCUAGAAAAUGUCAAUAACGUCUAUAACAAAACCGUUUGUCCGAUGAAUAAUGCCGCCUCCUGCUCGGAAGGAGACGAUCCCGAGGAUCUCCGGGACAUGGGGGUCCCGUCCGCAGAAGCGAUAGCCUCGGCUCAGCAGGCUCUGAACGACUACCAAAUGAACAUGCUAACUGCCUGCUCAAUCGACAAAUUCGGUUUCGAGGAUGACGAAUUCACCGAUGUAGAUAUUCCCGGCAUCACAAACGUCGCUUCUCCGCCAAUCGAGGAUCAUUCAUCGGAUGAGGAAGAUUCAGGAGGAGAGAAUUGCGAUCCGUGGAAUAAAAUGGAUGAAGGCUUCAAUCCUUGGAACCUCGCCGGCUCGUCGGGAGGUGACGAAACUCGAGACGACUGGGCAGACUUCGGCUCAUUGAAGACAGAGCUCGGUGGUGGCUCUAGUGCUGAGGCAUCGAGCCCCUCGGGUUUCGCCGAACAGAACGACGCCUCCGAUGAGAACUGGGCGGAUUUCGCGUCCUACAAGCAGAAUGUCCCCGCAGCUCCCGACGGAGCAAACGAUCUACCACAACAACAAGCACAGCCGCCGCAGCAGCAGCCGCAGCAGCAAGGGAGUGACGAUGAGUUUUGAAGAAUGUAUCAGAGAGCAGAAUCGCGUGGAACAGGAUCGAACCCGAAUCAAGACUGGAGGAUCAGACUAGAGUUGCUGUAUAUUGAAAUAUGUAGGUGCUGUCCUGGUGCU